GACGGUUGAGCUGAGAAGAAUAACUGGCUACAAACAGGAACCAUUUCAGGAUCUUUAAACUUUGAAAGGUUUGACAUUGAAGAAUGGAAGAUUCCCUCAGUCAGAUCAUCUCCAACUACAGUGAUGCAUCUAACAGAACCAGUAACAAUGUAUAUAUUCAAGUCUUGUAUGUGGCAAAUUGUGUCUCUAUUGCUAUUGGAUUUCCUGUGACUCUGGUGGCCAUGUUUGCUGUUUUGUCAAAGGUGAAAGAAGAUCACAUUGCUCCAGUUUACAUCUUCAACCUUCUACUUUCUGAUGUCAUCCAGUACUGCAGCAGAGUUCCUAUAAUAUCUCUUACUGCUAAUGAUGCCUCUUAUUGUGCCCUCGAUUUUGGCAUUACAGCCAGCAUUGGAUUCAUGAUGUGUGUCUCCCUGGAAAGGUAUCUGGUCAUUGCCAAGCCGCUGUGGUACAGAUUUAGACGAAACAUCAAGACGUCUGUGUUGAUCUGUGUCACAGUCUGGAUCCUUUCUCUUCUUUAUAAUCUUAGCAUUUAUCUACUUCUGGAAAAUCAUAUUGUAAAAAUCAUCCAGGUUGCUGGUGUUCUCCCACCUCUUCUCUUGUUCAUCUUCUGCCUGGUUGGAACCACGAAAACUCUGUCUGAAGCUCGCAGUGUUGCUGCUGAGGAAAAACGUCGAAUUGUUUCCAUCCUGGUUGUGGUUUUGCUCAUAUAUAUUUUGCUUUUUCUUCCCAACGUGAUGUAUUAUCUGUUGGAGAAUCACAAGAAAUAUUCAAUCUUCUUUGCUGUGUCUACAAUUGGUCUUUAUCUUAGUCCUCUUGCAGACUCAGCUUUGUAUAUUUUCCUGAGGAAAAGUGCAGUUGACAGGCUUUUGACCUCAUUGUGUUGCUGUGUAACGUCCAGGAAUCAGGAGAUCAGCAGCACUGAUGAUGUCAGCAUGUCCGCUGUUCGGUCUACAGCAGUUUAG